AUGUCCCAAGAAAGGGAGGGUAUCGGACCCCAUGCCAUGUGGGGUUGUACACCUGCCCAAGAUCUCCUGCGAGACUCCCCGCUGAAAGGACAGGCUAACAUUCUGAUCUGCCAACCUGGCGACAUAGGGCAUGUUCUGAGGACAAUCGGCACGCGAAGGGGGCACCCUCAGCACACGAUCCACCUGUACAUAUGGGAACGCCAGAUCGAGGUGCUGGCGCGCCAUCUACUUCUUUUGCAGGUCGCGCAGGAUUGGGAAUUGCCGAUACGGCAGAGAGCCAAUGUCUUUCUCGAGAUAUUCGGGAAUUGCUUAGUCCAGGAUCGUACCAGCCGCUACAUUGCUCGCCUAGGGAAGGAACUAGUGGGCAUGCUAUUCUCGACAGAGGACGUGCCUGACAUACUGGAUCUCUCACUACUCAAGAACAGAGAGAGAGACCAGCUUGAAGAGGUUUUCAAAUCAUGGCGCUGUGAUGUGCCUUGCAACGUGACGGCCCUUCGCGAUGCCCGCCUUAGGAACUUCUUCGGUGUGCGAUACGACCAUCGCAAGAACUUGGUCGACUGGGACUACACCAAUCGGCUAAAACAAGUUGCGAGUAUCAUCCACCAUACCCAGUACAGGAGCUGGCGCUUGGAAGGUAUCGCGUACGAGUUCGGGGACCAAGUCUAUGACAAGCCUAACCGCACUAUGGUCAGUUACGCCGAGGGGAUGAUGGUCAAGGGUGAACACCGAGGCCUGAAGAAGGAGAUGAGGGGUUUCUGGCUGGACAUCCGCGUUGGUCCGUUCAUCACUUUCGGAGUAGACUGCGACCGGCCGAACCCAUUCGCUGAGGAGCUGUUCAACGUUCUUAAUAAAGGCACAGGGACGGAACAACACAGGCACAACACGGCUGAAGUGGCUGUCUACUCGACAAUAUCCUACUUGUGGGGACUGGAAACGCGAGGACACUACGCCAUGACGAAGGUAUCUCCAGCAUCCGGUGACGGUGUCAAUCUGAAGGGGCAUGCUCGAGACCCAAGCCCUGCUGAAGAUCAAAGCUCUUCUGGAAUAUCCGAGCAGUCUCGCCACGCCACCGACGACAGGACUGAUGUAAUUCGCCAGGAGCAGGCUCUCGAAAGGGCUCAGUGUAUCGUGGAGACUUUUGACGGCGUCAAGGUGUUCCUGCUGUCGGGCGACCUCGAUCGACACUUGUCCAAGCCCCGCUUCAAACACCUCUUCGACCGAGUACAUAUGAGUCUGACCGCGGUGGAUGCUGCGGGCAGCGCGUGUAUUAACGAGGCACUGGCUGAUGAAGCUGUCGUCACGAUGGACACUGGCCGAUACAUGAUCCCCUUCAACAAAGACCAACAGCGCAAUUUCGUGGAGAGGACGUGCAGCUUGGCAUCCGGAAGGGGCUGGAAACCUCUAUUCGGUUCGCAACGUUCGAGUGAAGGCUCAGCGACACCUGCAAACGAUGCGGCACUAAACAUGGACAGGGUUGGCUUCUCGUUCACCCGAAAACCCGUGUUCGGUUAA